CGUGUUUUGCUGCUGGUGACAGUAGGGAAAGUGCAGGCAGCGGAUGAUGGAGAAGAAGCGGAGGAGUUCGGGAGCCGGGGAGGAGACGCCGGGGCCCCAGGCCAAGAAACCGAAGUCCCCGGUAGUGGAGUUCACAGGGACCCUCUUCAAAUCCUUGUUAAAAGACCCCCAGUCUGCCCUGAGAGGUUUGCAGCAAUUUAUCAAUUUAUCAAGAAAACUGCCAAAUCCCGCUCUGUACGAUGUGGUGGAGGGUUACAUUAAAAUAUCUGUGGAGUGCCUCGAAAUCCUGAAACUUCUGGAUGGGGAGAAGCGUCCGGAGAGUGAGAUGAUCGUCAUCUUUCAAGCCCUGGAAGCCAUUUUGCUGAGGACGGCCGGUGACUUGGCACAUCUCGGUGUAGCUGGGGUCAACAUAGUGAAGAACUUGCUGAAUUCGCACAUGAAGCUGAUCUAUUCAUCCGUCUACUCAGAAACCCACAGGAUGUCCCGCAUUGGCCUCAAUUUACUGUCUGCGAUGGUCACACAAGGUCCGGACUGUGCCAGGGACGUCUUCAGCCAUUUUGAUUUUACUAACAAAUUUUUAACAGGAUUGUUAAAAAAGAGAGAUAAGCAGGGUAGACCGGAUGUCCGAAUGGCUUAUAUCCAGUUUGCACUUUCCUUCUUUAUGUCUGGUGACAACAAUACAAUUACUCAGGUUCUGGAGCUUAAAGAUUUUCUCGGAGAAAUAUUCAGCACCGGAAUAAAGGAAGACCGAAUGUCAACCAUAAACCUGUUGCUUUCUCUACUGCAGACCAAGGUCAUUCACAAUAAGGCAGUCACAAAGACUCAGAAAGUGCGCUUUUUUACGCCCAUCCUUUUAAACCACAUUGCCUCCCUUUACCGCUGGAACGGCAUUAUAGACGUGAGCACACAGGACGUCCAGGACACAAAAGAUCCAAAAGAAUCUGGAAGACUCAUGAUCCGGGAGCUGGUGCACAACUUCCUCAUGGAUCUUUGCUGCUCCUUGAAGCACGGCAUCAACUUCUAUGACCCCAGUCUUGGGACAGCUGCAAGGGCUGGUAACCUGGUCCUUCUGCGUUUUAUUGUUGGACUGAAGACUGCAACUGAAGAUGAACUGGUGGGGACUCUGGUGGUGAACAUACUAAAGGUUUGCCCGGACUUGCUUAGUCGAUAUUUUAAGGAAAUUCAGUACUCCUUUAUUCCUCGAAUCAAGUCGACUUGGCUGGAUAAUGUAAAGCUACUUAAAAAGAUUUAUGAGGCCCAGCCUCCGGUCUCUGUGGCUUUCAAGACCACCGAGUUUGUCCCGCUCCCACGGCUGAUCAGUAUGGUGAUGAUAACUACUGUGGCUCCCGUUUGCAACAAGAACAUGUUCACCCAGGGGUUAAAUGUGCCAAAUAAAAUAGUGAAACACACCAUCUUGACGCUCAUGUCCUCUGUCCUGAAAAGGGCCGAGCAGAACAUCAAUCAUUGUCUUAAAGAUGACGUCUGGCAGAAGUCUGACAUCUACACUCCUGCCACCAUGGCGGAUUUUGCCCAGAAAUACAGAGAGGCUCUGGGCAAGCUCCUGCCGGAUGUUAACACCGUAGUAGCCACCUGGCAGUCACUGCUAAAAGCAGAAGAGAUGGACCCUGGGGAAAAGGGAGAAGAUGUUAAAGGUCUCGAUGCAAAAAAUGUGACCUCAGCGUCUGAAGAGUUUCCAGGACUGGAAAAAGGGGACAACAACGAUUUCCAGAGCACUCUCUUGAAGGCCUCUCUGCUGCGCGUCCUGUGCUUGUACCAGAGGGUGGUGCCCCAUUUAGUGUUGCAGAGUAAUUUCGAUUUCAGUAAACUGCUUAGAGGAAUCGUGGACGAGGGGGGCAUCCGUAAGGAGGUGCCACCAGUGCUCCAGUACCAGAUCCUUCAGGUGGCGCUAGAGCUUCCAGCCAGCAAGUUUUCUUGGUUUAAAAUGCAGGAUGUGGCAGAUGUUGGAGGGGAAAAGUCUGUAUUUUAUCUGCUCCUGAAAAUGUUUGCGACGUGUAACAAAGCGCAGCUCAAGUCAUCAACCCGAAUGUUAGUUAUUAAGAUUCUGCGCGACAGCGGUGUAUUUGAGCAUACCUGGCCUGAGCUGGAAAUGUGGCUGAGGAGACUGGAUAAAGUACAGGAGAGCGCCCAGGAGGUGGUCAUCCACUUUUUAGAACAGGCGUUAGUCAAGGUGAUAUCAAAUCCCUACCCGUUCACUGAUAAAGUCACUGACUAUGUACAAGAAGCCAGCAUGCUGCAGAUGAACGCCGGGAAGCAGGAUUCAGACAGCGCCAGCAUUCCCAUCUCGCACAUUGAUGAUGUCAUGGACAUGGUGGAUGUCAUCGUGGAGAGCAGCGAAGGUCUGGAUGAAGAAGUCGGCUUUUCUCUGGAUGAAGAAACGAUCCUCCAGACUUUUCCCUUUAGUCCUAUGGUCAGUGUGGCUCUGGAGGCCAGAAAUAAGCUGCUGACCUCUGAGGAGUCUGGAGAUGCGGACCCCGUGGUACGGUACCUAACCUCCAUAUUGACCGAUGUGCUCCAUAGCCAGCGGGACCCUCUCGCCCUCUGCCUGGCUCUCCAGUCCUAUGAUGAGGAGUUGCACUCUUUGGACACAAGUUCCUCGGUUUACGGUCGUCUUCAGAACUUUCAUGACUAUUACAGCUUGUGGAUUCUGCCAUCAGCUAAAAAGUCUCUAUUCACCAAGCAGGCUAAUGCCAGGGUGGAAGAGGAGGACGACGACUCCUAUCAUUCUCUCUUGAAGAAGGUGUUUGCGAGUAGUAGUAUAGGAGAAGACUCCCAGGAGAAGCUGGAGGACUCCAUCUCACGGAUUCCCCAAGACGAGUUUCCGUUAGCGGUAAAACAUACCCUACUGUGUCUGAAGACUACUGUGGACAACUUCAGCAAGCAUAAAAAAGCUACUGGAGCCAAUCUGGUCAGCUUGUACCUGGAGCUUCUGAGCUGCCUCCUGUGUAAAUACCAGAGAUUGUAUCAGAAUCAAGAAGAAGAAGAAGAGCAGAAAGCGGAAUCUGAUCUGUUUUUUGAAAGUGACACAAGCGUGGACUCUUCAGGAAAUACGGUAAUGACUGAAAUAAUCAUUGUUGGAUUCUUCAAUUCAUCCAAAUCACAGAAACAACAGAAAGAACUCCCAAGAAAACCAGAAGCUGCACAAAACUCUCCAAACCUGAAUCUGCAGCCUCUCUGUGAUCCCAAAAAUUCCCCCGAGGCCAGAAACAUGAGCUGCUAUAGCAGGUAUCGCUAA